AAAAAAGAGCAGAGUUUGUUUCUGCCACGAGUGCAGAUCCUUCGGCGUCUUCCUAUAAAAAGUUGGGGACUAAACUAAUCUGAAAAGCUCAAAUAAGCUCAGAGCAGAUUUUAAAAACCAACAAAAUAAAAAAAUAAAAAAAAAGAAAAGAAGAAAACAGGGGAAGGAGUGUUUUGAGUUUUAUGGUCAGAAAUGGAGAACCAAAUCUCCGGCACCGGCACCUCCUCCUCCUCUUUCUCUUCUCUCAGGACAUAUUUUCAGGCGGUUUCCGACACGCCGUACCGACUUGGCCGGCGAGCUUGGUCCAUUUCGACGUCAUUUGAGGAAACCAGCAGGGUGAAAUCCCGGUCUGGUUCCGACAUGAAAAGGACCCUCCGGUGGUACGACCUCGUCGGGCUUGGGAUCGGCGGCAUGGUCGGCGCCGGAGUUUUCGUCACCAGCGGCACCGCCAGCCAUUCAUAUGCGGGCCCGGCUGUUGUUCUUUCCUACGCCAUUGCCGGACUCUGUGCACUCCUCUCUGCUUUCUGCUACACUGAAUUUGCCGUUGACAUGCCCGUUGCCGGCGGCGCCUUCAGUUACAUCCGCGUCACUUUCGGUGAGUUUCUUGCCUUUCUGACGGGAGCUAAUUUGAUCAUAGACUACGUGUUGUCAAAUGCAGCGGUGGCAAGAAGUUUCACCACUUAUUUUGCCACCGCUAUGGGCAUUUCUACCAAAUUACGAUUUACCAUCGAUGGAUUACCCAACGGUUUCAAUGAAAUCGAUUUUUUAGCCGUCGCCCUGGUCUUGAUUCUUACCCUUGUCAUCUGCUACAGCACAAGAGAGAGCUCGUGGUUGAACAUGGUGUUAACGGCGUUACACAUAAUGUUCAUCCUGUUCAUAAUAGUGAUGGGAUUUUGGAAGGGAAAGUGGAAGAAUCUAACGGAGGCCAGCGACCCGGAAUUCGCAGACGGGUUUUUCCCAUACGGAGCAUCCGGGGUGUUCAACGGAGCAGCCAUGGUGUACCUGAGCUAUAUCGGGUAUGACGCCGUUUCAACAAUGGCGGAAGAAGUAAAAAAUCCGGUUAAGGAUAUCCCAGUUGGAGUCUCGGGAUCCGUGAUUCUGGUGACGGUUCUGUACUGCCUCAUGGCUGCCUCCAUGUCCAUGCUCUUGCCUUAUGACAUGAUUGAUCCCGAGGCGCCGUUUUCAGGGGCAUUUAGAGGAGGAUCCGACGGGUGGAAAUGGGUCUCGAAUGUGAUUGGUGUGGGGGCCAGCUUCGGGAUACUGACGUCACUGUUGGUGGCCAUGUUGGGUCAAGCCAGAUAUAUGUGCGUGAUCGGACGGUCCAGAGUUGUUCCUGAAUGGUUCGCUAAGGUUCAUGCUAGGACUUCCACCCCUGUCAACGCCUCUGCUUUCCUUGGUAUAUUUGAUAAUAUUUCAUUCUCAUUUUAUCUUCUUUUUUCUCCAAAAAAAAUAAAAAAUACUACCUCCGUCCAAAAAAAAGAAAUUAGUACACAUAGAGUUUUCAAAUUUGUACUAAAAAUUGUACAAAACUCAAAAUUCAAUGUGGACUAUUUUUGUGGUUUUUUUUUUUUUUUGUUGUUCUUCUUCAUCCACUGCUCAAUAUAAUUUGGAAUUAAGUGAUGGUUUUUGAACGUCAAGUUAUGCCGUUACUGAACUGGGCUCCACUCAGCAACCGUUUCAGUUAAUGUGGAUUUGGGGGGUGUGUUCGUGAAUACUCCAUAUUGGUAUAUUAUAUCAUAAAUAUGGAGGGGGAUCGAUUAAUCCGAUGUUGUUUGGUCAUUUAUUAAUGCUCGAAAUUUCUUGUCGGUCCUGAGCUUAUUUUUUGCCGUGGUGAUUUGAUUACUUUUGAUGUUUUUUUUUUUUGUUUUUUAGCAGUAGUUUGUUGAUGUGAAAUUGAUGGGAUUAUCCUUUCUUCUUUCUUUUGCGGUUUUAAUGCGGGAGUUGGGCUCUUCUAUUAUCAGUUCUAUCACUUGAGACACUUUUAUCGUUUUUGGAGUUUAUCGAUAAUGCUAGAUCUCAUCUGGCCCAGUUUUCGCUUUCUGAAAGGUUUGAUUUAAUUGAUUUUGUGGAUGGCAGCUUCUGCCCAUUUUUCGACUAAAUGAAAUUUUAUCAAAUGCUACUUUCUUUGGGUCCCAAAAUAAAUGAUCUUCGACUUAAAGAAUGAUAUUGGGUCGUCAAAGCUUAAAUUAGUUAACUCUGCAUUCCUUCGCAAGUUGUUAUGAAUUUGGAGUAUUUCUUUUCCUUUUUGAAAACAGUGAAGUCUGUCUUAUACUAAUGAUUCCUUUCUGUCUUAUAAACUCGUUAUAUAUAUAUAUAUAUAUAUAUAUAUAUAUAUAUAUAUAUAUAUUGACUAGUUGAAGGGAAUAUGGAUCAUUCUAGGUUCUUCAGAUUUUGAUCAUAAUGGAAUAAGAGAAAGGGAUAUGAUUCUCAGAAUCUCGAAGACUACUUCCACAUUUGUCUGAAUUUAAGAUUUGAAAUUAUAGUUCAUAAAAAUCAGUUCUUGAUGGCUUUGAAUUGACAUUUUGACUCCACCAUGGAAGGAAAAUGAUACCAUUUUAGCAUAUCAAUGGUUUAUGCUUUUGCUAUCUGCUUUUGUAAAAAUGUCUACCACUAACAACUUUGGGGUAUUAUUUGACAUUUUUUUUCAGGGAUCUUUACAGCUUCCAUUGCCCUUUUCACUGAUUUGAACAUUUUGCUGAACCUAGUCUCAAUUGGCACUCUGUUUGUGUUCUACAUGGUUGCAAACGCUGUCAUCUACCGGCGUUAUGUGUCCAUCGGAACGACAAAUCCAUGGCCAACUCUUUCAUUCCUGAUUUGCUUUUCACUCACAUCCAUCAUAUUUACUGCAAUAUGGCAUUUGGCUCCACAAGGGAAGCCUAAGGCCUUCAUUCUAGGUGCCUGCACUGUUAUUGCUGUUGGAGUACUCCAAUUGUUCCAUUACAUGGUUCCACAAGCCAGAAAGCCUGAGUUUUGGGGUGUCCCUUUAAUGCCAUGGAUUCCAUCCAUAUCCAUCUUCCUUAACAUAUUCCUAUUGGGUUCUCUUGAUCGGCCGUCUUAUGUCCGAUUCGCCUUCUUUUCGGCCCUCGCCGUGCUCGUAUACGUUCUGUACAGUGUCCAUGCAAGCUUUGAUGCUGAGGGAGAUGGAAAACGUCUAAGCAAUAGCAGCUCAGAAUAUGGUGAGACAGUGAAGGCAUCCUAUGAAACAGAGGACCACAAAGUUGAAGUAUAACAAUUUCUUUAUUGUGGUUGUCCCUUGUUAAUCUAUAGUGACUUAACAACUUUUUGUUGGAAGUAAAUGGAUAACAGAACAAAAAACUGAAAAAGGGGGGAAGAAGGAAAAUAGGUAGAGAUAGGAUGGGGGAAUAGGCUGCCGAGAACAGUAGUAGUAGAUGCAAGUUGUGUAUAGUUGGAAUUUAGUAGGAAGAAAAUGUGAUCAAUAUUAGGUCAACUGACUAGCUACCUUCUUUUCAUGUAGUUUUGACAUCCAUCCAACAAGAAAUCAAUGAAUGGAAGCAUCAAACUUUUUGCAUCACUCACAUCAGAUCAAAACUUACCAAUCAACAUUUACAUUUUUUUUUUUGGGUACUGAUUAAUGAGAAGCUUAUGGAUAAUAAUAACAUCUCAUUCAAGCAAACUUUUAUUACUUGCUUGAAUUUUCUUCUAUUCUACCUUCAUUUUCAAUCCAAGUCAAUUUGUAAAGAGAUGAAAGAACGUAUAGUAGUCGCCUUAUGGUUGACAUUAUCAAGUUUCUUGAUGUAUACAUAUACAUGACAAACUGUCACGUUUUGGCAUAUUUUUUACACUACUUUCUCCGUCCCAAAAUAUUAUUACGUUACAAUGUCAAUACAGUGAUUCAUUCAUGAUGCAAGACCAUUACAAGUUACAAAUAAUUGAAAGGGAAUAAAAGGUGAAGAAGAGAAUGGAAUCAUGCAUCAAAGCACCAAAAAGACUGGACCAGUGGGCUUAUCUUCUUUAUUUUUGGAGCUGAAGGGACGGUGAUUCCUUGACGACAAUGGAAGUG